UAUCAGUCCCCCUGUCCUCCCCUCUCCUUUAGUGGGUGCCACAUCCUCUGGUGACGUCAGCGGGAGCCGCCAUCUUGGCCGAAUACCGACAAGCAGCUUGUUCCUGCAGCGGGGCGCAGAACCGGAGGAAGUAGUGGGGGGGAGAGAGCGCGGCCUGAUGAGAGGAGCCCGGGCCGGCAGAUAGCCGUCCGCCGCCCCCUCCAGUGCACCGUGUGACCGUACAGUGCGAGCCUCUCCCCCCUCCCCUCCACAGACAUGUCGUCCGUCACCCAGCGCAACUCCGGCCUAGUGCAGCGCCGCACCGAGUCCUCCCGCGGUGACCGGGAGAGGGCGGCCGAGGGCCAGACCGAGGAGCGGGAGGAGCAGGAGGAAGAGGACCGGGCCGGGGACAAGGAGGCCAGGCUCACCCUCAUGGAGGAGGUGCUGCUGCUCGGGCUCAAGGACCGGGAGGGCUACACAUCAUUCUGGAAUGACUGUAUAUCUGCUGGUCUACGAGGAUGCAUGUUGAUCGAGCUGGCAUUCAGAGGGCGUAUUACUCUAGAAGCGGGAGGAAUGAGGCGUAAAAGUCUCUUAGCAAGAAAGGUGAUCUGUAAAUCUGAUGCUCCAACAGGUGAUGUUAUGCUCGACGAAGCCUUAAAACACAUAAAAGAAACUCCAACCCCAGAGACGGUGCAGAGCUGGAUUGAACUUCUUAGCGGGGAGACCUGGAACCCAUUAAAGCUCCACUUUCAAUUACGAAACGUACGUGAACGUUUAGCUAAGAAUCUUGUGGAAAAGGGUGUCCUGACAACGGAGAAACAAAACUUCUUGCUGUUCGACAUGACCACGCACCCGCUGACAAACAAUAACAUCAAGCAACGUCUCAUCAAGAGAGUGCAAGAGGCCGUUCUGGACAAGUGGGUGAAGGAUCCUCAUCGCAUGGACAAGCGCUUGUUGGCUCUUAUCUACCUAGCCCAUUCCUCGGAUGUCAUCGAAAACGCGUUUGCCCCGCUCCUAGACGACCAGUAUGACUUGGCCAUGAAGAGAGUCCGACAGCUCCUCGAUCUAGACCCCGAAGUGGAGGCCAUGAAGCCCAAUGCUAAUGAAAUUCUCUGGGCCGUUGUGUCCACCUUUACAAAGUAAAAAUAGAAGAGGGGUGGGAAAAAAAAAAAACUCAAGCCAGCAGAUGGGGGCGUUCAUUCAGCGUAAAACCAGUUGUUUCUGCUUGACAUUUUCAAUAAUUUUUUGCUUUUUGACUCGCCUCAGAAUGGUACAAAACACGUUCCUGUUCAGAGAGAGAAUACUUCUUAUUGCCAUAUUGGCAUUCCAGAACUCCUUAAGUUUGUGCACCUCACAGACAUGGUUUCCAGUAUUUGUUUUUUGUUUUAGCCCCGUUGUGAUCCGGAUGCACGCAGGGUUAUGCUUUAUUUUUUUUGCCUCUUUAUUCCGGCAAGAUGGUUUACAAUCCUGGUGUCAAGAAAAAGGCCUUUCAGUCACCAAAGUUGAAGUCGCUCUGUCACAUUUCCCUUCAUUUUACACAAAUUCAGAAUAAAAACUUUUUUUUAGCGUUUUUUUUUCUUUCUCUUUUUAGCUGUUUAUUCAGCACUUGCUUCCCCCUCCACCGCCUCUGUAAAUUUACUAGAAUCAGAUUUAUUUUUAUUUUUUUUGGUUAGGAUUCAGGAUUUUUUAUUUUAUUUUUUGGAAAGCCAUCUGGGGGUCGAGGGGAAUAGGGGUACAUUCCAUUAAAUCGGUGUUUCCCAACCAGGGUGCCUCCAGC